GAGAUGUGGGCUUGAGGUCGAGGGUGGGAGUAGUUGAUCGACCGUACCCGCCACUGCUUUUCUAGUCGUCCUGCCGAGCCCCGACGUUCAUUCCAGGCAGACCCGCCAAAGCCAAAAGGACGCAAACAAAUCGCGCUGCAGAUUUCAAAGGGACGAAAGGAAAUCCUCGAAGAAGAUCAAACUUGUUCGCUCUAUCUUUAUCAUCACGAUGGAUUUUAAGAUGCUUAAUAGUUGGGCGUGUUUAUUGAUACUAUGUACCCUAAUUGUACUGAGCGUUUCCUUGCCGACGAAUUUGAAAGAGGAUGCAAAGAAAACGGAUCAAAUAACGAGAACAAAACCGAAACGAGCUCAAGAAACGUUGAUGUUCGGGAAUCAACAAAAUCGACAGCCUGAGAAUAGAGGCAAUCCGUAUGUUUCAAGCGCAGAAAAAAGGGCAUUAAACGCGGCAGGAUUAGAUGCUUUAAAGAUAUCACUUACAAAAGAAAACAAAUUCCCUAAUCCAAAAUCUCCGAGAAACUCUUUGGACGAGCGCGAAGUAUACAAUCCGUACGAUAAAAAUUACGAAUAUGGAAAGGUUAUCGUAACCGAAGAGGGUGACGAAAUGCCGCAUGUAUGGGACGUAGCACCUUAUGCUCGUUAUUAUAUAGGCGACGAUCGGCGAAAACGAUCAGAAAAAUUAAUCCCAAAUAUUCGUACAACUACUAUUCCACCAACGAGUACGGGAUAUCACACGGCAUAUCAAACGCAACAUUCUCCAAUUCAGACAAAAAGAAGCAUUCCUAUUUAUGCGGAACCACGUUAUAAACGCGAUGUGGAAAUUCAUCCUGAACCUGCAUGGACUCUUUUAUCAAUGUGGGAGAAUGGACACCGCAACAGAUAUACGAACGAGGAAUAUGAUAACGAAGAGGACGCUGAUCCGUUAGAAGAUGAAGAUCCCAGAAAUGCUCUCGCUUGGAUGAAUGUUCCUGCAUAUUCUUCUUAUCGAUAUGGUACAGAUACCCUCUCACCUUCUGAUAUCGGUAUCGUGCAUACUCACCCAUCAGGUUAUUACGACCAAUAUGACAAUCAAUACGCGCAACAAUUAGAUAAUGGUGGUGCGCAUCCUUAUGUCAAUCAGUAUGGCACUCUUUAUUCUCAAGACUCAUAUUAUCCCACGGAGAGGAAAUAUAUGGUUGCGAAAAAACGAGCACCGAGUUACGAUCCGUACGUUAAUAUCGUUCCACUACAAAUGGGCAUCCAACAGCGUGGUUAUCCUCCCUAUCCGCAUCAUAUGGUUUAUUAAUUUAUUAGCGUAAAUUAACUAUACUUGAAAAAUUUUCUAUUUUAUCAGGAAUAUUGGAAAAAGAAAAAGAGAGUUUGCGGAACUGUUGCGUGCAAGCUCACUUUGAUUUGGGCAUAUUGUACGACAGAUUUCUCGUAGACACUUCUCUUUAACUAUAUAACCCUUUAUCGCGAAUGAAAAAGUACCCGAGAGUCCAAGACUAUUCAUUUUCAAAAACACGGUGCUGGAAAAGACUUCUUUCAAUUUGCAAGAAUUUACUGAGACAGAAAUACCAUGGUUCCUUUAAUAAAUCAUGUUUGCGCGUAUACACACACGCGUAGAUAAAAAUGUAUAUAAGUAUGAAUUUUCUAUAUACUUUUAUUUUGUUUUAUUGUUGUUUUCUUAUUAUUUUUUUUUUUUUUUUAUAUUUU